AGGGAGUGAGAGAGUUAAAGAAGAAGGCGUGGUUUGCGUUGCGCUUGCAUAGAAGAGAGAUAAAUAAAUUUAGUUUGGUAAUUGGGUUUUUCAAGAGAAAACAAAACAAGAAAAUUGGAGAGAAAGAGUUUGGUGGGAGUUGAUAAAGCGAUUUGGUCGAAGAAUUGAAGAAGGGAUUUAAAGCUAUAGUUUUUAGAGGAUCUGGUAUUUGAUUUGUUCUGUUAUCUUUCUUGUUCAUUCUUUCAUACUUUCCUGCCUUAUUAAAGGUGGAAAUACAAGGCUUGUUGAAAUAAAGAGAAACAAUGGAGUGGCACACUUGUUUAGAUGAAUACGAGAAGCUUGUUAUCAGGAUGAACACUCCCAGGGUCGUCAUCGACAAUGCCGUUUGCCCUACUGCGACUCUCGUCAAGGUUGAUAGUGCUAGAAGACAUGGAAUCUUGUUAGAAGCUGUUCAGGUUCUCACGGAUCUGGACCUUUCAAUAAAAAAGGCUUACAUUUCUUCUGAUGGACGGUGGUUCAUGGAUGUUUUCCAUGUGACUGAUCUGAAUGGAAACAAAUUAACGGACGAAAGAGUUAUUCGCUGCAUUGAGGAGUCGCUUGGAACCAUGGACCAUGGAAGAGUUAAUGAUUUUAGCGGUUUAACUGCACUUGAACUAACUGGAACGGAUCGUGUUGGGCUAAUGUCAGAGGUUUUUGCAGUAUUAGCUGAAUUACAGUGUAAUGUGGUAGAAGCGAAAGUGUGGACUCACAAUGGCCGAAUUGCUUCGCUGAUUUAUGUGAAAGAUUGCAAUUCAGGAUCUCCAAUUGAGGACUCACAACAAAUUGAUAGAAUCGAGGCACGCUUAAGGAAUGUCUUGAAAGGGGAUAAUGACAUUAGGAGUGCUAAAACGACUGUUUCUAUGGAGGUCACUCACACAGAGAGAAGGCUACAUCAGAUGAUGUUUGCAGAUAGGGAUUAUGAGAGGAAGCCCAUUUUGAGUCGUUGUACUAAUUACCCUGUAGUAACGGUGCAAAAUUGGGUGGAAAGAGGUUACUCAGUUGUGAAUGUUCAGUGCAAGGAUAGGACUAAGCUUUUGUUCGAUGUUGUUUGCACGUUGACAGACAUGGAAUAUGUGGUGUUUCAUGCUACCAUUAACACAACCGGAGAUAGAGCAUAUCUGGAAUUUUAUAUUAAGCACAUUGAUGGGACUCCAAUUAGUUCAGAACCUGAAAGGCAACGUGUGAUUCAAUGCCUACAAGCUGCAGUGCGAAGAAGAGCAUCUGAGGGUGUGAGGCUAGAAUUAUGUAUGGAAGAUAGGCAAGGGCUAUUGGCAGAUGUGACAAGAACGUUUAGAGAAAAUGGUCUUAAUAUCACAAGAGCUGAAAUAUCAACAAGAAGCGAGAUGGCACUAAACGCAUUCUAUGUAACAGAUGCCAUAGGAAACCCUGCUGAUCCAAAGAUAAUUGAAGCAGUUAGACAAAAAGUUGGAUUGAGUAAUUUGAAAGUGAAGGAAUUGCCAUUGAUAUAUAAUGAAAAGGCAGAAAGUGAAGAGCAAACAGUUGGGAUUGGUGGGACAGUAUUGUUCUCACUAGGGAGUCUAGUGAGAAGGAAUCUAUACAAUCUCGGAUUGAUAAGAUCAUAUUCUUAAAGUGGGAAUUUGGCAGAAGAAGAAGAUGAUUUGUUCCCUGCAGUAGGGUGGUUGGCAUAUUCUUUACUUGAGGUUUGGGGUUUGUG